AUGGUCAGACUAGUCAACUGGAGCACUUUCCGUGAGUACAGCAUGGCACAACCGGACAUGUCAGCUGAACAACUCACUGACGUGAUCAGUGCUUCCCUCCGAUCGUCAUCCCGAACUGUGAAGGUCCCGACGGGUCAUAUGGGCACAAAUCCUCGCGUUGAACAGCUCCGUGCGCGUAGGAGGAGGGCGGAACGCAAAGCCCGACGAAUAGGUCUGCUUCAAGAUAUUUCAGCAGAACGGCGUGCAGCACGGCUUUUCCAGAAGGAACUACAGGCUGUGGAUAGAGGGCGUUGGCGCCAGUUCUGCGGCGGUCUCUCGCCUUUUGCUCGUGUCUCCAAGGUUUGGCGUGUGGCCAAGAGUCUGAAGGAGACGCCUUCACCUAGAAAUCCUUUGGGUGCGCUAGCUUUGCCUCUCAGGAAAUCUGAAGCUGACGUGGCACACGACUUUGGUGAGCCAACUCCAGAUGAGCGGCUCACGGCCUCAGUUCCUGUCAUCUCUGACAAAGAAUGCGAGAAGAUCUACGAAGAAGCAUUUAACAACGUGGGACAACCCAACGAAUUGGACGAUGAAACGAUGUACUGCGCUGCCGAAAGGGGAGCCAAAGAAAGAUUCAUGCCAAUAAUACUUACCUGUGCAUUGAUCCUGCUGAUCGACUCAGCCUCCGGCAACUGUGUGCGACAUCACAGACAUAACGAUACGCAUGAAGACAUAGAGUGCGGCAGAAGCCGAGUGGAGGACGAAAGAGUCGUCGGUGGAAGGGCGGCGAGGGAAGGAGAGUUUCCAUGGCAGGUUUCCUUGCAGAGGAACGGGUAUCACUUCUGUGGCGGUUCCAUCAUCUCAAGGAACACCGUGGUAACUGCUGCGCAUUGUGUGCGGAGAUUCGGUCCGGAGCGUCUGAGUGUGGAAGCCGGAAAAACGGACUUCAGGAGGUUCGCAGCACACAGCCAAAACAGAAGAGUGAAGUGGAUCAUAAGUAACGAGAAGUUUGGAACUAGCGGGAUGCGCCACGACAUAGCACUGCUGAAGCUAGAGGAGCCGUUCGACUUCGAAGGCUCGGAUGGAUACGUUGCCCCCAUCUGUUUACCGGAUCCUGCUCCAGAGCAGUCGUCCCCUCUCCAGGGCAAUAUAAUCGUUUCAGGAUGGGGAGCCACAAGGGAAGGUGGCAGCCCCACGCCAGGGAUGCAGACGGUCAGCAUCCCUCUGGAGAACGACUACCUUUGCAUGUGGCAGUACAGCCGCUUUCUUCCUAUCCCAGGAACAUUGUACGACAGGAAGACUAUGAUUUGUGCUGCUGCUCGUUUCGGAGGAAAAGACUCUUGCCAGGGAGACUCCGGUGGGCCAGCCAUUCAAAAGCAGAACGGGACUGCUGUACUUGUUGGCGUAGUAUCGUUCGGCAGAGGUUGUGGACGUUUCAACAAUGCUGGCGUCUAUACCAGAGUGUCGCACUACCUCGACUGGAUACGCGAAAAUUCUAAUUAGACUCUUUUAUCGCCAUAGGUAGAUCGUGUACAUGUGACCUAAGGUUAUGAGUACAAUAUUGAAUAAUAAAUUGGA